GAUCGUAAAACAACCUGUAGCUGUGAUCCAUGCAGAGAAGGGGCGAGGACCAUGGUUUGAUUGUGGAUCUGCUUCCUUUGGUCGACUGUCAGUCUGAGAACUGCCUUGUUUUAAAUGAGUUGGGUUUUUUGUUUUCGGGCGAAAUAUCACACUGUGGAUGUGGAGGUGAGGAUGACUGAGUUGUGUGACGUUUUUCUCUAAGAUGCCUUCAGUUACAGAAUUGGAUUUCAGUUUAAAACUGGUAUGCAGACCUACUCAGGUGGGGAGCUGUAAAGAGGAAGCAGCUUUAAAUCCUACUUCCAACUAAAACCGCACAUGACACACCCACAAACUCAGUGACUUGGAGAGCGGUACAGUGCAGCUGUGAACACACACUACAGGACAGACGGGUAAACGGAUGAGCGGCGGAGCGACGAGCCUGUGACGAGAUGAGUGCACGACUGAUGAACAUGACUGUUGCCACGAACAACAACACUACGAAGUCCCACUUGCAAUGUUUCCACGAAGAUGAUGCCUUCAAGUACAGCGCGUACAGAUACACGUAUCUGCUCGUGUUCCCUGUGGCGCUUAUCUGCAACAUCGGGGCGCUGGCAGUGUUCUUCAGGCAGAGCAGCCGCAGGAGGUCGGCCUCCUGUGUGAUCAUGAUGAACCUCGCCAUAUCAGACGGCAGCUUCUCCCUGACCCUCCCGCUGCGAUUGGCUUAUUACUUUAAUGAAGGGAAGUGGUUCUUCCCAGACUGGGUGUGCCGACUGUGCGUCUUUGGCUUCUACGUCAACCUGUACACCAGCAUCCUCUUCCUCACUCUGCUGAGCGUGCUGCGCUGGUUGGCUGUUGCUAAGCCGCUCCGUCACCGCUCUUUAGCUACGCCUGCUCGAACCUUAUGGAUCUGCCUGGGAGUCUGGGUGUUUGUGGGCGGAUCCUCUGUGCCCUUCCUGUCCAAUGGGGUUGUACAUAGGAACAAUGCAACUCGCUGCUUUGAGCCAGAAACCCCAAAGUCCUGGUCGAUUAUCCUGGUGUUAAACUACGUGGCGGUGACUUUCGGUUUCCUCAUACCUUUCCUCACCAUCAUCAUCUGCUACAGCAAAAUCAUUCGACAGCUAACGACCGACUCGAGCCCCAGCGGAACCAACCUGGCCAGCAAGAAUCGCACUCGCAACCGGAGGCGCUCGGUGCAUUUGGUCAGCAUGGUGACAGCGACCUUCCUGCUCUGCUUUCUGCCCUAUCACCUGGUCCGCUCGCUGCACCUGCACGCCGUGUGCAACCGCUGGAACUGCAACAUCUUGCUGGCCUUGCAGCGAGGGGUGGUGGUGACCCUGUGUCUGGCAGCGUCGAACAGCAUGGUCAACCCGCUGCUGUAUUACUACUCUACAAGGACGUUCAGGGAAAACUUGAGGGAAGCCCACUCCUCACUGCUGUCCAGCAGAGGAGGAUCCAUCAAAUCGGCGAGCAUGAAACGGAGGAACACCAGCUGAGGAGGCUGUCAAAGUGAGGCUGCUAACAAGGUUCCUCAUAAAAGCUUUGAGUCAGACUUUGUUUUAUCUACUCCAGUGGAAAUAUAGAUGACAUUCCCCUAAAGCUCUGACUCUUCUUUCCUAAUAUGGAUGAAAAGCUGGUGGAACCACAUGACUGAACUUUUCUCUAGGACUAAGAGUCCCUAAAGGGACAAACGGACCAAAAAGCUAUCAAGAAGGACCUGAAGGACUGUGAAGAGUUGAGAAUGGUUCAUGAGUUUUAAUGGACUCCUAAACCCUUCUCAACGGACUUUAAUGGGUGCUUCUGAAGAGUUCUGGGGUUUUGAGUUCAAGGGUUACCCAAGAGUCUGAGAGGUUGUGAAGUUUCAGGAGUUGUUGAGAAAUUCAUAUCAGAUUGAUAAGAAUAAUUCUGUUCAAAUGUUGCUUUUGCCCAACUGUAAAGUACUUCUAGAAGCAAAUCUUGCCACUCUUCACAUUCCUCUGAGCACUUAUUUCACCAGUUAUUUUGAAGCAAAUUCAGUUUGAAUUUAAAACUGCAUGUAAAGAAUCACCUGUCAGAUCAGGUAAAAUUCAGCUUCUUUCUUUUGAUUUUCCUGUCGUGUGUUUGGUAUAAAAACCAGAACAUGGACAAGUUGCAGAGUAAAAGCAGCCCCAUUUCUUGCAGAGUAACAGCGCCCUCUUCAGGCAUUAGUGAAGUGUUUGGAGAAGUUACUGAGUCCUUUUCUUAAAUUAAAUUAUAUGCAGCAGGAGACUGCAGACCAUAAGAAGCAACUCUGAGCAAUUUUGACUUAGGGAGAGGCAAUUAGUUAGAUUUUGAUUUGAUAAUUUUCAUAGGAACAUUAUUAGAAUAAGAUAACUGGCAUGACUGCAUUUAUUUUUUCUUUGCGAUAUAAAUUAAGCGGACCAUUUUGCUUUCCCGUGGUGCAUUUUUGUUGUAAGCUCAAACUCAGUCGCUGUUUAGUUCAGCUCUACAAACAUCUCAUCUAGGGGUCUUGAACCCACAACUAUUUUGGCAACAAGUAAACUAGAUCCCGGGGCGAUCGUGGCUCAAGAGUUAGGAGUUCACCUUGUAAUCGGAAGGUUGCCAGUUUGAGCCCCGGCUUGGACAGUCUCGGUCAUUGUGUCCUUGGGCAAGACA